UAUGGAUAUCUGAGUUGUCAGCAACUACGACAAUUCAAUUGGCAGUUAAAGGUUGCCGAUGUGAGUUAUAAUUUUUUUUUCAGGUGGCCUUCUUCGAAAUCAACGACGUCCACGGAAGCAGCGGAGAUAAAAACCACAUCGACGACGCCACGCACGAAACCUAAAGCCAGUACUGUCGUCCAAGAUAUUAGCGCAUUCCUACCGCCAGGAUUCAAGCUGAAAAAAGAAGAUGCAACUGUCACGGAGAGUUCCCUCCUCAGCGAAAUCCUCGCGAAAUCCAAGUUCGACAUUUCGUCACUCUUGCCGCCUGGCUAUGACAAAAAGAAGGCUGAAGAAGAAUCCAAGUCAAAGGAUACUACGACGACGACAACGACACCGACGACAACAACAACAACAGCAACAACAGCGAAAAGUACAGGUGUUUCUCCAGAAAAGAUCGCCUCGUCUAUCCAGGAUCUCUUCGCGUCCUCCAAACUCGAUAUCUCCGCUUUGUUACCCAAGGAUUACGAUCAAAGGAAGAAGGACCUUGUCCCGGACAAUAAAGCUACUGGCGACGCGAACAGCGAGCAGAAGGGGACGGUCACGGAACGGAUUGAUGCAGAGACGUCCACCACGAAGAAAGCCGGCAGCUUGAAGAUCGUGUUUCCCAGCAGACCAGGCGGUCGCAAGCCGAUUCACAAAAUAACUACUCCGCAGACUCCACGUGGAGAGGCUCCAGGCGCGGUGACGCCAAAAAUACAAAAGGGAUGGCCGACACGAGCUACUACGGAAUUCACCGGAUGGCCAACUCCGUCCACCACACCGAUCUCCAUCGAGAAGCUACUGGAAGCAGCGCGCACGGCCACUGUAUCGUCGGCGAACAUAUCGCUUAUUCCCAGUACGAACGAGAUCUCGAGCACGUCGUCGACGUCGACGACGACGACGACACCGAGGCCGACAACCCCCGGCGUGUGCGACGACGAGUGCGAGGUCGCCGGCACGAUACGAAUCAUCGGGAACGCGACGUGGGUGCCGGAACUGUUCGAUCGGAACACUCGCGAGUGGCAGGAACUUGCGAAUCACGUGGAACGAGAGAUGAACUUUAUAUUCUCGAAAUCCAGCGUUUUAAUGAAUUGGUUCAAAAACAUAAGGAUCGACUCUUUCAGUCAAGGUAGCGUCCUAGUAGACUACUUCGUCGAGCUAGCCAAUGUACAGCAGAAAGUGAACACGCAGGAACUUAAAGUGAUUUUCCACGACUCGCUCAGAACGUACAACGCCAAUCGGUGGAAUGAAACGAGCAUGAAAGGCCCAUUAAGGAUGGGGAUGUUCACUAUCGAUCCUAAGUACACCGAUUUCGUAGUCAUACCUAAAGUGAACAUGCCGCAGUACAUCGAGAAGGAUGACAGACUGAUACCUCAGUGGGCGAUCGCAGUGAUAGUGAUAGGUGUCGGAGGUUUGCUAUUUAUUAUCGUGUUCGGUGUGUCUGUGCUCGUCAACAGGCAA